UUAAAUAAAUAAAUACAACGGAGAAUAAAAGCAGAGCAAUAUUUAUCCUUUCAGUUAUGGAAUCACAGCACUGAAAGAGAAAGCUUGGCGCUGCUUGCUUAUUUUCCAAAGCCAGCUUUAUCUGUUCUUAUUCUGAAUUCCUCAUAACAAUUUUUCACUUUCCAGCUUCUUAAUGGCAAUCUCUACUUUAUUUGCACCUGUUAAUUCUCUUAAUCCUAUCACUCCUCCUACUUCUUCCUCUUCUUCUUUGAUUCCUUUCAAAAUUCAUCACCACCGCUUCAUGACGGCUCAAAACAGCUCAAAUGGACGGUUGGCGAUUCAGUGCUGUCAUGAAACGGGUCCGUCCUCGGAUCCCAUGACUCUCAGCAGGCAGACCCAAAUGUCAUCUAUGACUGCCUUUGGAGUGAAUGAAACUGGCUCUUCUAGACCAUCUUACAAAUGGCAAAGAGUGUUGCUUAAAGUAAGUGGAGAAGCACUUGCCGGAGAUAAUAUGCAAAAUAUUGACCCAAAGAUCACAAUGGCUAUUGCAAGGGAGGUUGCAUCAGUGACACGCCUGGGGAUAGAGGUUGCAAUUGUGGUCGGUGGGGGAAAUAUAUUCCGUGGAUCCUCUUGGGCAGGAAGUAGUGGCCUUGACCGUUCAUCUGCUGACUACAUUGGUAUGUUGGCCACAGUUAUGAAUGCUAUAUUUCUUCAAGCAACUAUGGAGAGUAUUGGCAUUCCAACCAGGGUUCAGACUGCAUUUCGCAUGUCAGAGGUUGCAGAACCAUAUAUUCGUCGACGGGCUGUCAGGCAUUUGGAAAAAGGAAGAGUUGUGAUUUUUGCAGCUGGAACUGGGAAUCCAUUCUUCACCACAGAUACAGCUGCAGCCCUGCGUUGUGCAGAAAUUAAUGCAGAGGUAGUGUUGAAAGCUACAAAUGUUGAUGGGGUCUAUGAUGAUGAUCCUAGGUGUAAUCCAAAUGCUCGUCUUCUUGAAACUCUAACUUACCAUGAGGUGACUUCGAAAGAUCUUUCGGUGAUGGACAUGACUGCCAUUACUUUGUGCCAAGAAAAUAAUAUUCCUGUUGUUGUCUUCAAUCUGUCCAAAUCUGGUAACAUCUCAAAAGCAAUAAAGGGGGAAAGAGUUGGGACAUUGAUUGGAGGGGCGUCAAACACAGCAGUGGCAAGGACAUGAUAUUGCUGAAUGUCAUUUGCUUGGUGGCUUCUCUUGAUUCAUUGUAGGAGUUUAGAUUAGAGAGUAUCUAAAUUUAUGCUAAAGGAUUCAACCCUGGAAGCAUCCUGGAAUUUUAUUUGGAAUUUGGAGAUAGGAGCAUGAUUCAAAGUUUUUAGGUAAGCAUCUAAAUUUCAAAUUGACUAAUUGAGAUACUUGUUUCAGUUGGUGCCGAAAAUGGUUUGGUCAAAUAUUGUAUAUAUUUUGAACAACUGAAUUUUAACGUCUACUCCAGAGAAAAUAUGGUAAACAACUCCAUAAUUUUGAUGGACAAGUCAAUUGGUUAAUAAUGCACAAGUUAUUUUUAUAAAAUA